AUGCCUGCCGUCACGGAUUCUUAUGAUAUUGAAGCGUACAAUGUUUUUUUUCUUUUUCUUUCCUUCUCUCUUUCCUUCUAUCACAGUCUGUUCAUUAUCUAUCUCAAUCUGUUCAUAUCUAUCUAUCUUAGUUACUUAUCUAUCUAUCUAUCUAUCUUAUUCUAUUCAUCUCUUUCUAGUUAUAUAACGAUCUGUGUCUACACAUUUUCGUAUAUUGUUCUUAUCUAUCUAUCUAUCUAUCUAUCUAUCUAUCUAUCUGUCUGUCUGUCUGUCAGUCUGCCGAAUUGUAUCUAUCUAUCUAUCUAUCUUAGACACUAUAUAACGAACUGUGUCUACACAUUUUCUUAUCGUGUUCUUAUCUAUCUAUCUAUCUAUCUAUCUAUCUAUCUAUCUGUCUGUCUGACUAACUGUGUCUACACAUUUUCUUCUUAUCUAUCUAUCUAUCUAUCUAUCUAUCUAUCUAUCUACCUAUCUAUCUUACCCAGCGAGGGUGUGAACAGGACGGACCAUGGUCGAACCUGUCUCCUCCUAUUAAAUCUAUCUAUCUAUCUAUCUAUCUAUCGCAGUCUGUUCUUAUCUAUCUAUCUAUCUAUCUAUCUAUCUAUCUAUCUAUCUAUCUAUCUAUCUAUCUAUCUAUCUUCUCAUCAGAAAUUCUAUCUAUCUAUCUAUCUAUAUAUCUAUCAUAGCCUCUAUAUAAUGACUGUGUCUGCACAUUUUCCUGUUUUGUUCUUUAUCUAUCUAUCUAUCUAUCUAUCUACUUGCUUCCUGAUUAAAAUAGUAACAAGGUUUAUUCUUGCGUUUGCAAAAUCUUCCCCAUGCAAUUGGUGCAAACAUGUAUAUGCAAUUGGGUCUAUGAAUUCUGCUCAUAUCUAUCUCAGUCUUACGCUUACAGCCGGUUCACGUGCGGUUACGGAAGUUAAGCAACAUCGAACCUGCAACGCGUGA